CGGAGGCUGACUGUCACAGUGCGAUCAUAGUUCGAUUGAGUGGAAUCUGAUUUAUAAUAUAACGACAACAAGAUGUAUAAGUUUGCCAUCCUCCUCAUCGCAUCCUACAUAAGCAGCACCGCAGCUCUCCCGCCCUGCGUGUGCGCACGCGACUAUACGCCGGUCUGCGGCACAGACGGCGAAACCUACCCCAACAGCUGCAUGCUCGACUGCAGCGCCCAGACCAAACAGGACCUCAAGCUCGCCCACGGGGGCCCCUGCCAAGCAGAACCCACCUGCUUCUGCACAUACGAGUACAAACCAGUCUGCGGCAUCGACGGCACAACCUACCCUAACAAAUGCGCUCUCGGCUGCGAAAGAGCUCGAAACCCACUCUUGACUAAGCAACACGACGGCCCUUGCGAAACUAAAGCCUUAUCCGAACAAGUAGCUAAACUCCCCACUUGCACUUGCACUAGGAACUUUGAGCCCGUCUGUGGAACCGACGGCGUCACUUACAGCAACACGUGUCUGUUGAAAUGUGCGGCGCAGAACAAGCCUUUGGAUAAAAAAGACGACGGUCCCUGCGAGGACUUAACGGUUAGAGUAGCGGAGGAUUCAAAAGAGUCACCUAAGAAAAGCUGUGUGUGCUUCAGGAAUUAUAUGCCUGUGUGCGGGUCUGAUGGGAAAACGUACCCUAACCAUUGUGUGCUGGGAUGCUCGAGUAAAAGGAGCCCCGGAGUGAGCGUGGCUCACAAUGGUCCCUGCUAAAUA